AGCAAGAUGGAUAAGUUGCGCGAGUGUUACUUUGAGAACGGAUGGCUGUGGACAUCUCUGAUUAUUUCAGCAUUAAUGCCUGGAGUCGUUCUGGCUGGUGAUUGGGUGGUCAGUGCUCCGGUGAACCCCAUCCUGGCCCCUCGUGGCUCCUCAGUGACGAUUCCCUGUACUUACGACUUCCCUGAUGAUGCUGGGUCACAUCAUGUGCAGUCUGAGAUGUGGUGUCUGAACCAGAGCCUGUGCAUCACACCCGCCUACGUGUACCACAGCGCCGGCAUCUUCCCCGAGCCGGCGUACCAGGGCCGGGUCCAGUACCUAGGCUCGCUCGGCUCCAAGAACUGCUCUGUCAGGAUCAGUGACCUGAGGAUGAAGGACAGCGGCGUGUACGUGUUCCGCUUCAUCACCAACCACCCUGUGAGCAAACUGCCGGGGCAGAGGGGCGUCACGCUGCAGGUGACAGAUCCUCCAGUGAACAUGUCAGUGAAGGUCAGCAGCUCAGGCCGGAUUGUCGAAGGAACGUCACUCACGCUGUCCUGUACCAGCUUUACCAGCUCACCGCUCACCACCUACACAUGGUUCCAGAUGAACGGAACCACAACUUUAAGAGGCACAGGGCAGAAGUUAACGAUAGAGCAUGUCAGUUCUGAAGACAGCGGGAUGUACACAUGUGUGGCUCAAAACACCUGGGGAUCCCAGAACGCUACCACCGUACUCACCGUCCAGAAGGGAUUCUUCCUACCAAGACAGAAGCACCCUAAGGAGGACACUCCACAAAGGGAAAAUGAUGAUGAUGAUGAUGAUGAUGAUUCAUUGUUUUGCCAAAAAAUGGGAGGAAGCAGCUCUGCCUCCACUAUUGCCAUUGUGGUUGGAAUUAUCCUCGUGCUCACAGUGAUCACCACCAUUGUUGCUUGUACUAAAAGACGCACCGCCUCGAAAUCCCUCCAGACAGUGUUUAACGAUGACGAUGACCUCUGAUUCGUGUCGGAUAAACAGCAGGAGGAGGAAACGAUUCUGUUCUCUUCGGUGUUCAGUUUAUAUUUAUUGAAUUUAUUCAUGGUGCCAUAAAAUGUAUCUGUUUAAAUUAUCAUGAUGUUAUUAUAUAUGGUUCAUAUAUAUUAUGGUUCAUCAGAGUAUCGAGUCUUCAAACUCAUGAUGUAAUAAUGAUAGUUUUUUUUAAGUGAUGCUCUGAUUAUAGAAUCACAUGCUCUAAUUCUAACAUCUUUUAUCAAACUGUAAAUAUCAAAUAAAUACACUCACUGGCCACUUUAUUAGGAACAUCCCUACAUCCACUUGCUGUUUUCUGCAGUUCUCUAAUCAGCCGAUCCCUUGGUGCAUCAAAUCACGCAGAUACAAAUCAAGAGCUUGAGCUAAUUAAUAUUCAUGAUGUUCAAACAUCAGAACGGGAAAAACUGUGAUCUCACAGUGAAGUGUGACUUUCUUUCUUUCACUGUGGUAUGGGUGUUGGUUUGAGCCAGAUGAGUGUUUUUGGUUUGAGUAUUUCAGAAGCUGCUGAUCUCCUCCUGGGGUUUUCACACACAACAGUCUGUAAAGUUUACACAGAAUGGUGCCGAAAACAAAAAACAUCCAUUGAGUAAGUGAGCGACAGUUAUGUGGGUGGAAACAAACGCCUUGUUGAUAAGAGAGGGUCAGAGAUCAGAAAAUGGACAGAUUUGAGGUGGUUCAAGAUUUUUUCUUUUGCCAGGAAGGAUAUAGUAACUCAUAUAAUCACUCUUUACAACCGUGGUGAGCAGAAAAGCAUCUCAGCAUGCAACAGCAGAAAGAAGAACACAUUGGGUUCCACUCCUGCAGCCAAGAACAGGGAUCUUAGAAUCAACAACAACAAGUUCCUAUUGAAGUGGCCGGGGAGUGUGUGUUUAUACGUAAAGAUGCCAGGUCAGCACCAGGUAACGGUGAAGAACUACACUACCCAUCAGCCCCAGCACAACACAUGACCCUGUCACAUGUCUCCUUAAUCACUCACUCACUCACACCUGUUUCCUGUGACACCUCAUUAGCGCCUCUAUUUAAAGUUCUUAAGUUGUCAAGUUUUUGUUGUGUGGAUAUUUCUUUUAUGGCUCUCAGUAUAGUUUGUGUUUCUGGUUUUUGCUUUCACUUUGUUUGUUUCUUUUGUUUUUCGUUCAAUAAAACCAUGUGUAACUGCAUCCA